AGAAAAACGCCGGAGAGAACAGCUGCCAUAGAAAACGUAAACAAGGCAGCUUGGAAAAUUUUUCAAAACAAUUAAUUACUUUGCAAUUUUGCGGUUGUUCCGUUUUGGAAAGUGUAUGCGACCAUCUAGAAAAUGAGUUCUCAAUCAGAACAAGAGAAAAACAAGACUGAAAAAUCCAUUGAUGUUUUACAGAACAAAGUAAAAAAGCUCUAUGAGUACAGAGAUUUCUACUUAUUAAAAAGGCCUUUGGAGGAUGCUUUACGAAAAGACGAUGAUGUCAAAAAAGAACUUCAAGAAACUCUUAAAAUUUUUGAUGAACUGGCUGACAAAGCUCAAAAUGAGGACAAAUCAAGGUUCUUUUACCUGAAGGGCAGAGCUUUAAACGUGACACAGGAACAUGACCAAGAGGCGGAAAAGCUGCUGUCUAAAGCACUCAAGCUCAACACAAAUCUGCUGGAGGCGUGGAACGAGCUUGGAUUUUGCAUGUGGAAGCGAGGAGAUUCAUUAGGGGCCAAAAAGUGCUUUUUAAAAAAUCCUAAGGACAAGGUGGCUCUUCGUAGCUUAGCAAUUGUUUUGAGGCAGCAGCCUUCGACGACCAAUGACGAGAAAAUCAAAAUCAUUGAAGAGUCUCUUGCCAAAGCCACUGAAUCUGUUGAGCUGGAUCCCAGUGACGGACUGUCAUGGGUUGUCCUUGGAAAUUCAUAUCUCGUGUCCUUUUUCUCAAUUCUUCAGUCUCCAAAGAAAAUGAAACAAGCUUUGGCAGCUUAUUUGCAGGCUGAAAAGGAUGUGAUAGCACAAGUUGACCCUGAUUUGUUCUACAACAAAGGAAUUGCCUUGCAAUAUCAAGAGGAGUUUUUGCCUGCCCUCGAGUCCUUUUCGAAAGCAUCUUCUUUAGAUCCGACUUGGGAUUUGCCUAAGAAAAAGGAAAAAAAGCUUUUAACUUAUCUCGAGACUGCCCAGCAUCUUGUUAGCACUCAUGGAAAGCAAAGGCCUAAAAAACUGCACACCAUGCUUAAAGGACUUAGUCUGAAGCACUUGGGCCCUUACGAAGAAAAUGCCGUCUCGAGUGGGGAAGGCAAGGUCUCUUUUACCCUCGUAGCUUUGAAGGACUUGGAGGAAGGACUGAACAAGGACAAAGUCAUUCUUGGAAAAGUCGUCAGCGGGCUUCACUCGGAAGACUCGGUCGCUUUCUCAUUUUGCAUUACUGACAAAAACGAGACCUGCGUUGUGGUGACUGUCUACAAUUUGGCAGAAGGUCGCGGGUUCAUCAUUGGAGAUUCCGUAGCUAUUCCAGAUCCUUAUGUCAGCAAAGUGUGUUUCCAUUACAAAGACAAGACCUUUGAUUUCAACUCGAUCAGGGUAGCCACACCUUUGGUCCUUGCUGUCAACGGCAGAAGAUUAAGUCGAGAACACCAUGCUUGCACCACUGUUUCCACUCAGGUUUCCAGCGCAGCCCAAAGUGGACCUUCUUCUUGAUUCUCUGACCCUAACAAUAAGCGCUUGUCUAACACAGUAAUUUCCGUAAUUAUGACUAAAAUGAUCUCACUAACAAAUAAGCGCAAAUUAUAAUUAGAGCUUAUUUAGAACACUAAACAGUCCAGAACUGGCACACUUCUAAAAAAAUUAAACUCAAAAGUUGUUUCAAAAAAUUUUGUCUAGAGAAAGAAAUCCUAAUUUAUUUUUAUAGCAUACCGAAGUCGAUCGCACUUAAUUUUAUGUAAUAUCUGUGAUAACACGUCAGCAUCAUAAAAUCAACUGCAAUUACUCAAAGCGCGCUUCAUAAAAUUAUACGAACUGUGCCAAAGUUCAAGCUUUGCACUGAUUUUUACUUGAGGGGGAAAAACAACCGCGCCGCGGAUGGGGAAUAACACUUUCAAUAUUUUAACACAGAAGCAUUAAUUCAAUUGCUAAUUGAAUAAUCUUGAUUGGUUGAUCCUGGGUUCAUAUAUGACAUUAACCUACUUUGGAAUAGAGCGUUUGAAUGAAAAAGACGGCGCAAAUAAACCAAUUUUUUUUUACC